GCAUCCGUGGUUUUUGCAUUCUGCCAGCUGCCAGUUCAAUCCAAGCUGAUCGAAGCGUUCUGUUGUGCUUAUCAAUCUGCAGUAAAGCGAAAUAAACAAUAUACAACAAACAUUGGGUGGUAAUUCGCGAAGUAAUCAAUCAAGUUCAUUUGUUCGUGAACGGUUAUUCACGUUUGUGAGGCAUAUACACCAGGGUUGCUUGUUGAAGCAGAAGAAUGGCGGACUCUGUUGAGUUGCGUAUGAGCGUUGCAUCUAUAAAACGCGUUGAUCCAUAUGCUAAAGAUAUAUUAGCGAAAUCCACACACGUUGCAUUAUAUAAGUUCAAUCAGAAUAACGAUGCUUGGGAGAAGACUGAAACGGAGGGCGCUUUAUUUCUCUACAGCCGGAAUGGAGAACCCUUUCACAGCAUCAUGAUCAUGAAUAGACUCAAUACUGAUAACCUCAUUGAGCCAAUUGUUAAGGAGUUUGAAUACCAAAUGCAAGCCCCAUUUCUGCUGUACAAAAACUCUAAAACCAAAAUAUUUGGUAUUUGGUUUUACAAUCGCGAGGAGUGUGUGCAACUAGCUGUAUUACUAGAAACUGUUAUGGAGAGUGUGAGAGAAAACAAUGCAGAUAUACAUCUACAGUCGGAGGAUGUAGACAUAUUCAGACUGUUAUCAAGAGCACAAGAAGAUUUCAACAAAACUCCCAAGAAGAGUGAGCAGCCACAACCAAAGUUUUCCACACCAAGGGCACCUGAUGUUACUUCACAAAGUGUAAUGGACUUUUUUGCUCAAGCAAGUGGCAAAAGUGUGACUAAACCAGUAAAUGCACCUGAAGUUGAAAUGCAUUUCACACUUCAGAGAUUAAUGAGCAAUCCGGUUCAUACUGUUGAGCACAUUGAAAAGCAACAAAGAUCAACCACCCCACAAGAACAAGUAUUGUUGAGAAAAAAGGGAGGCAACCAUUCUAGUGCUGAUAGAAGAAGUGUACCUAUCAACUUUCAAACCAGUAGUGACAAAAAAGAGAAUGGGUUGAAUUAUUCUCGCGUUUCGCCUCAACACAGUGCACCCAUUACUUCUCCAUUGACAGCUUUUAUUACUCAGAAACAAAAAGAUGACAGAGAUGCAUCAUCUCCAUUGGCACAGUUCUUAGAAACACCUCAAAAGCCAGCACUGAUGCCUCCCAUGAUGUUUGCAUCAUCCAGCAACAAACAGGACAAAGUGGACAAUUUAUUGUUAGAUAAUAAAACAAAGAAUGUGGAGCCACUCACAAAGAAUCAGAUGAUUCAGGCAUUAUCAUAUAUGUUAAAAACUGAUUCGGAGUUUGUCACAAAGUUGCAUGAAGCAUAUGUGAAAUCUCUGGCUGAGAUGGUCAACCAGAAUGUUCUUAACUGAUUUUCGUUGCCAAUGUAUUAUAAUUCCUAUCAGUUUUUUAAUUAUGGGUACGCCGUGCUUUUUCAAGCUCAAAAUUCUCUAAAUUGUGAUAUUUUUUGAGACAAAUUGACCCAAAUUUUAUCUACUACUGUUGACGAUUUACCUGAAUAACUCUAUUUUGGUAAUUAUUAUUCUGUUCCCAAUUUUUCCACGUAUCUUUAACCUGAAGGUGUAUUACAAUGUACGACUUUGAAUUCAUGUAAAAUCCUUGCAACAUUAAUAAAAACACUGUUGUAGCAUUAGCAUGCUUAUGAUAAUGUAUGUUAUUGGAUCAGAACUGUAGAUGACGAUUACUUAUGACACAAGUAUUACAAAUAAAUUGGCAUUGACUUCAAUAUAAGUUUAAUUCAUUUGUUUAAUGAAUAUGUUGGGAGUACAAUUUGUCGUAUUAAGAUCUACAGUUUUAAGAACGACUGCGAUUAUGUAGGUACUUUUAUUAUUAUUAUUAUAUCUAUUGUAAGUUUGUAACAACGCGCUGAGUUCCUUGAAAAUUUGCAUAAUGGAUAUUAAAAAUUAAUUAAAGGAAGAAUAUAA